CACCAACUACUAAAUAUAUUUGGGCCAAGAAGAAAUUGAGCAGCGCCCAUCGGUGAUACAGUACAUGUGAAACAAAUGAACCAGUUCGGCUUCUUGCGAUCUUUGUGUUUUGUGAACGUCCUCGGGGUUGUACACCAUUACCUCCGCAAAAACUACUUGGCCGAGAAACCAAGAAGUACGUCAAUAUUCCUGUGAUAACACCACCUUAUCAAGAUAAGAUAAUACCGCUGUCUUCUUCAGCAGUAGCAUCAUCACAGACGCACGUUUUGCUCCUAAUAUUAGUAGCCAAGGUAUGAUUUUGAUUGAUAAAUGCAGUUCCUGCUCUCCAAGUGUACCAAUUAGGAAGACCGAAGACCCGUACGUACUGAAAUGUUCUGGUUCAACGGCGGGCGGUGAGCUUGUUACUUCUAGUCCGUGGAGUUCAGUGGAGCAUGGCGGGUUUCACCUUGCGUCCCGAUGCACGCAGUUUAGCGGUAUUAG